AUGUCCUUCGCCGCCCUCAAGGAUGUCAUCGUCCACCUCCUCGAGCCAUGGAUUCUCAUGAGCAUAUCGUUUAGGCACAUCCCUCAGACCAUCUCGUCCAUCGUAUCCUCUGGCGAUUUGUGGAAGCUCUUCUCCUACAACGCCUUCACCGAAGCCCUCUUCGGUCACUUUUGGGUCACCGUCGGGCCAGAGGUCAAGGAGUUGGGAGAGGAAUACGUCAUCCCUCUGCUUGAGGGCCGGCUUGCUGAUGGAAAGAUCCACGACCGCGUCGUCGACUCGGCCGUCCAUGGCACCAUCGUCGAAGUCGGCGCCGGUACCGGCAUGUGGGCAGACGUCUUUGCACGCAUCGCCGCCGGAGCAGACGCCGACAGCAGCACGGAUGGCACCGCGCGAAAGCGGAAGCCCACCGGCCCGUCGUCCAUCACCAAGAUCUACGGCGUCGAGCCGAACGCGCAGUGCGCCGAGUUGCUGAAAGAGCGCGUCCGCGAGGUUGGCCUGACCGACCUGUACGAGGUUGUCCCCGUCGGCAUCGAGUCCCUAAGCGAUCCCAACGCUUGGUCGGGCCAGAUUCAACCAGGCAGCGUCGACUGCAUCGUCACCGUCAUGUGCCUCUGCAGCAUCCCGGAACCGGAAAAGAAUAUCCAGCACCUGUACAAACUCCUAAAGCCCGGUGGUCACUGGUACGUGUACGAGCACGUCAAGACCACUCGCGGGGGACCCUUGCUCGCUCUGUACCAACGUCUCGUCAGUAUCCCCUGGCGUCUCUUCCUGGGCUCCUGUCGCAUCUGUCGCGACACCAAGACGAGCCUCGUCACCGCCGGCCCGUGGCGCAAGGUGGACCUUACCCAUCUGCCAAGCGAGCCACCGUACGAAGUCCUUCCUCACGUUCUUGGCACGUUAACAAAGUAA